GGCCAAUCCAGUGGUCGAUCUGCCGGGUUGACGCUUAAUCUCUCGUCAAACAACCCCUUUCGCAACCGUGCCGCCUCGCCAAAUAGUGGCCUCAGUCCCAACUCUUUCCCCCCUCCCUCCCCCCAUUCUCCCUUCGACGACCCUCCGUCUGCCCAGCAACAACGACCGGUCUCGAGGAACCCUUUCUUCGACCCUUCAGACACCAGCCAAACACAAAGAGUACAGUCGCCAGCCAGCAUGGCUUCCGCCAACGAGAACAGAAAGUCCCCAACCGCGGAAGAGUUGUUUGACCAAUUGAUUAUUAUUGAUGACGACAACAAGCCCAUGGCAAAGCCGGCAAAGCCAGCACCGCGACCGGACGGCGCUCGCGGACCUCCGAGGGGACCUCCAGGCGGCCCACCCCGCAGCGAGAACGUUCCUCCCAGAGGAGGACGAGGACCUCCUCCCACGCACCGACCGACCCGAUCACAGGAGGAGGCAAUGAGGGCGCGUCGAAUGCAAGAGAGGAACGGAUCAACUACUGAAAGAAGCCUGCUUGAUUCACCCCAGAAGCGGCCAAUGGAGCGAAAGCCUCGUCGUAACUCCGAGUCGUCGGUAAUUGAACUCACGGAAGAAGAGAAGAAGCAGAAAGAGCUCCGACGACGUGAACGGGAGCGACGCCACCGUGACGGCAAGGGCAAGGACAAGUCUGGCAAGCCUAGCCGAAAACUCGAUCUGAUUGACCAGCUUGAUGCCACGAGUAUCUACGGUACUGGAUUAUUCCACCAUGAUGGCCCGUUCGACGCCUUGAACCCACACCGCAACCGCAAUGGUAGCCGGCACGCACCGAUGCAAGCGUUCCCCAAGGAUUCUGCUAAUAUGUCGCUCGGAGGCGCUGGCCCUCUCAACUCUAAGCCUGACCAUAAAGCACUCAUGGGCAAGUACGAUGAGGAGGCAUAUCUGGAUUACAACCAGUCCCGCAGGAAGGGUCAGCCAGCAGUCUAUGAUGAGCCGCUCAGCACCAAGAAAGUUGCAAACGUGUUCGAUCCCCAUGCACGAGCCUCGAUUCUUCACGGAGAUGAGUCCAUAGGGUUGGGCACCUCGACUUUCCUGGAAGGCACUCCCGCUGCUCAGACCGAUAUCCAAAGACGUCAAGCCGAGGUGGCUCAAGCUUCCAUGGAGCAGGGACUGCAGAGAAAGAAGUCACUGGCACAGAGAAUUCGUGGUAUCAACCGGGGGCCUCGCGACAUGAACAACCGCAGCCGGGUCACGAAUCCCGACGGCCUCUAUGGUCCGCGUUCCGGGGAUCUACCGACAAGCAGCAGCACGGGCGAGAGGAACCCCUUCUUCAACGACUACGACAAGGGCGGCGAGGAGCGAAUGACAGUGCGACGACAGGACACCAACCCAAAGCCCCCUGUAUCCCCUGACAGCCCCCCUCGUGGCUACGGUUUGGAACGACGCUCUACUGCUGAUGCUACUGCUGCUAUGUCUUCGGAGCCUGGAAAGUCGCAGGGUAACGGCGGCUUCAUGACCCGUGUCAAGAGUCUGAAGGGUGGACGAAGACAGCGACCUGAGCCGCCCCAAGCAGCAGUGCCUUCGUAUCCAGCUCCA